AUGCCCCGCAACGGGCCUCGCAAGGCAGGCAAGCCCAGAACGCAAAUCGACUACAGCGCCUUGGAAAUCGAAGAGGACCAGUACCAGACCGCCCCCGAGUGCAAACAAGCCAUCGUCCUCUCCGACUGGGUCCGCAAAUGGACCCUCGCCAAAUACAUCCUCCUCGGCAUCCUAGGGAUCGGCCUGCUUGCCGCCGCCUUCUUCUUAGCCGUCGCCCUAGCCCUCAUCAUCCGCGCCGUCACCACCGACAACACCGGCUUCGACUCCUCCCACCCGGACUUUGCCCUCUACAAAAACACCCGCUUCAAAGCAUGCUCCUCUUCCACCGGCAGCCCCGACACAACGCUACUAACCGAACCAGAAUGCGCCAUCAUCCGCGCCAACCUCACAGCCUCGUCCGGCUCCGACUUUGGCUACCUCGACCGCGACCUGAUCUCUUCCUUACCUGCCAGCAGCAGCAGCAGCAGCAGUAACACCAACACCACAAAACACACCUGGUGCGCCCUCGCCACCUGCCUCUCCACCUUCACCGUCCUCCCCUCCACCCCACUCCCAGCAGCCACCAUCCUCCCCCACCUCCUCUGCUGGUGGACAGUCAUGGCCACCUCCGCCGGCGCGCUCUGGUCUGCAAGCCGCAUUUUACUCUCCGCCUUCCAGACCACACCUGGUAGUAACAGCAGCAAACCCUGCCGCGGCCGCCGCGACAUGAGUAUCCUCGACUGGCUCUUCCUCGCCUACGACCUGCUCGGUCCCAUUCUCCUCUGGUGGGUAUCCUUUGGGCUAUUCGCGUCUUCCCCGGCACAGUCGGCUACGGUAGCUAUUACGGCGUGGGUAGCGGCUUGGAAGUUGGGGGCGGUCAUGCGGUAUCAUCCGUAUUCGUGCCUGUUGGGGCAACUAGGGGAGGGAGCGAAGAAGUGGGUGCCGAGGGGGUUUCAGGGAAUGGCGUUGUUGCAGUGGGCUGGGGGGGUGUAUGUGAUGGUGGUGUAUUUGGGGGAGUUUGGGGGGAAGGGGGAUGGGUUGAGGGGGUAUGAGUGUGUGAGUGAGGAGGUGGGGAAGGUGUUAGGACAGGGCCAGGCGAAUCCCGUCGGCGAGUGUUCGGCGGAGGAAUUGUGCGGGCGGGAAGGGUUUUUCCGGAAUAGGGAGUAUAGGGCUGCUGAGAUGUUUACUGCCGAUGGGCGGUUUGCGUUGAUUGCGUAUUUUUGGAUCUGGACGCUGAUGGCUGUGUUGCCGUUUGUGUUUUUGCUGAUCGGCUGGCUGGGUAAUAAGUUGGUUGGGGACUCGGCAGAGAAGGUGAAGGAGGAUGCGCGGUACUUGUGGAAGGUGUUUAACCCGGGGCCGAGCUUUUAUCUGGCGUUUGCGUCGUUCAUCAGCAUCUUUUUUAGUGUCUCGUACGCGAUUCAUGCGGUACAGACGUGGAAUGAUGCUAGCGGGUACAGGGAGGGCGUGGUGAUCUUUCAUGAGGGGUGUCAGGCGCUGCAUGUGCAGUUGAGUCCGUGGAGGGACUUUCUGGACCUGAGCGACUAUGCGAGAGCGUAUCGGAUUGUCAAGAUGAUAUUUGUUGCUUGA